UUCGAACUACAAUUUAAUUUGAAUUUAAAGUAUUAGCUUAUAUUGAAUUUUUUAUGUUUCUAAUUAAAUUUCGAAGUGAAUAAUGAACAAACCCAAAAAAAGUUCAAAUUCCAUUUUUAGCAAUAAUGUACAAAAAUCAAAAAGUAAUUUCGAUGUAUCUAAAACUACACAAAAUCAAAAUUCAAAGGUUAAAAAAGUUUUAGUACGAAAUACAGAGAGACCAGUUCCGGAAAUUAAAGUCGUUAAAAGUUUUUCAAAUGAACGUGAUAAUAGUCCAAAAAAAACCGAGCAGGUUUCGGAAACGAAAACUACUGUAGAGUCUUUUGAUACACCAGAACCUUACUCCACUCUAAGUUUAUCCAAGCAAGUAGAUUAUAUUACGAAAUAUAGAAAAGUUAAAAGUGUAUUUGAACAAAAUAAGAAACUAGCUGUCGAUGAAAAGGUAUCAAGACAGGUCAAUUUUCCUUACAAUCAACCAAUUUACAAAAACUUAAUACCGUUAAGGUGUGAAAAAAUUCCUGCUACUACAUUCACAGCUACCAGAAGUCCACUGCCACAAAAAGACAAAGAAGUUGCUUUAACUGAUUUCAUAAAACCGAGGACUGUUAAAAACUAUUAUAGCUUACCUAGUAUUGACUUUGAAGAUAAAAUUGUCCCUUGUAAGAAUAAUAACUUGAGGCUGUAUAAAAUAUUACAAAUAAAUUCAAGAUAGGAACUUUAGUUUUUAAAAAUAAGGACAUCAGAAGUAGUGACAAUACAAAUUUAAAUUUGAGUCAUAAGUUGAUUGAAUAAUUUAUGUUAAAUACUUUAGAAGUACAGGAAAUUAAGGGAAUCCUCAUAGAAACUAUUCUAAUUUUUGAUACUUUGGAAUUGUUUUAUAAGUAAAAUAUAUAAGAUAAAAUCUCA